GCAAGGUCCUCACACUCAGUCACUCGCACUCUUUUCCCUUUCUUCUUCUUCCCCUCUCUCUCUCACCAACAUUUUCAUAUAACACGCCGUCGUUGAAGAUAGGGCUUUAGUCGCUCGCCACCUUUUUCGACCUAUCUUUCGUUCCUUCCAUACCACCGCACCGUCUUUUUCCGAUUCAUCAAUGGCGGUUCCCGCGACGGUCGCCGCCGUUCCGGCAUCGAUUUACGUCGGAGACCUCCACCCAGACGUCCAGGAACACCACCUCUUCGCGGCUUUCGUGGAGUUCGGGAGCAUCGCUUCCGUUCGCGUCUGCAGAGACCGCGUGACGAUGAACUCGCUCUGUUACGGUUACGUCAACUUCAGGUCUCAGCAAGACGCAAUUCGUGCAAUCAAGUUGAGAAACAAUUCUUAUCUAAAUGGAAAAGUGAUAAGGGUCAUGUGGUUACAUCGUGAUCCUAAUGCAAGGAAAAGUGGCAGAGGGAAUGUGUUUGUUAAGAACUUAGCUGGAUCCAUAGAUAAUGCGGGGCUACAUGAUUUAUUUAAAAAAUAUGGGAAUAUUUUGUCCAGCAAAGUUGUAAUGUCUGAGGAUGGGAAGAGCAAAGGGUAUGGCUUUGUUCAAUUUGAGUGGGAGGAAUCUGCAAAUAAUGCCAUUGAGAAGCUGAAUGGCUCUACAGUGGGAAACAAGCAGAUUUAUGUUGGGAAGUUUGUCAGAAAAGGUGACCGCAUUUUGCCUGGCUAUGAUGCUAAAUAUACAAAUUUGUACAUUAAAAACUUGGACUCAGAUAUUACAGAAGCACUUCUUCAGGAAAAGUUCUCCUCUUUUGGAAAAAUUAUUAGCUUGGCUAUAUCGAAGGAUGACAAUGGGCUAUCAAAGGGUUUUGCAUUUGUGAACUAUGAGAAUCCAGAUGAUGCUAAAAAGGCAAUGGAAGCAAUGAAUGGAUUACAAUUUGGUUCAAAGUAUCUGUAUGUAGCUAGGGCACAAAAGAAGGCUGAACGUGAGCAAAUCUUGCAUCGCCAAUUUGAGGAGAAACGUAAGGAACAAAUAUUGAAAUAUCAGGCAUCUAACUUGUAUGUGAAGAACAUUGAUGAUGAUGUUACCGAUAAAGAACUGCGAGAUCUGUUUAGCUCAUGUGGCACUAUAACUUCUGUAAAAGUUAUGCGAGAUGACAAAGGGAUAAGCAAGGGGUUUGGUUUUAUCUGCUUCUCCAACCCAGAGGAGGCUAAUAAAGCUGUGAUGUCUUUUAAUGGAUGCAUGUUCCACCGUAAACCACUGUAUAUUGCUAUUGCUCAGAGGAAAAAGGAAAGGAAAACACAGUUGAAUCUCCACUAUGCACCGCAACAAGCAGGAUUGGAUGGAUCUUCAACUCCAGUUAUCCCUGGUGGAGUUCCACCUUACUUCUAUCAUAGUGUUGCUUCACUAAUGUUUCAAUCUGGGCUGUUGUAUCAACCUCUGGGAUUGAGGUCAGGAUGGAGGGCUAAUGACUUUGUGCCUCCCUCUAGAUCAUUUCAACAUUCACAGGUUCCCAUUGUUCCUAACUUUACUAGGCAUCAAAGGCAGAACAGGGGCAGCAGGAUGAAUGGGAAUUUGAAUUCACUGGGAAAAGCUUACUCUAGUGUAUAUAUCCCGCAACUGCAAUACUAUCAGGCAGUUGAGUACUCGGCAGCCUAGUGUAGCUGCAAAGAUUCCAGAAGAGACUUUCUGCCUUAGUAGAACAGGCCGAGCAAGUGAGAUGUUACCAGUUUGGAGCUUAGAUCAUGACGUGGUUGAAGAUUUUCCAAGAACUGAGAUAUCUGAUAAUGAUUUUUUACAUCUUUGAACCUUACAGGUAUAUGCUCUAGUAUAUUUUCUUGUUAAAAAAAACCCCGGAAAAUAGUGAAUAUUGAUGGUAACCGGGAUAAAUUCUGGUUUGGAUGUCGAUUACAUGGAUAAACUUAAUUCUUGUAUGAUUUUUCAUC